CAGAGCCGCUCUCGCCGCCUCUGUGUGCUCCCCGGGGCCGCCGCCUGCCCCAGAGCCGCGGCUUCCGUCCGCCGGGCCGCUCGCCCCGAGGCCACGCGACGAGCUCCAGGAGGAUGCCCGGGCCCAUGUAUGGGUUCUUGGUGUGCUUAUAACCCACUCUGCAGGGCCGAGCUGGGUGAUGGCUUCUUUUUCAGUGACAUUUCCAAGGAAUGAACUGGAUGCAGACCCCGCUCCUGAAGUGUUCCCUCUCCUACAGCUAAAAGACCAAACAGGUCGCUCGCGGCCCCGGGUAAGGCAGGCCAACGCUGACCGGCGCCAUGGGAAGGAGUAGGCAUCCAACCUGCCCCCCGCCGGCGCGCGCACGACUCGAGCCCCGCCGCAGGCAGCCCCCGGCUGCGGGUCCCCGAGUGACGCUGGCGGCACCCGGGAGCGUGGCGCGGGCCCGAGGCCACGCCGAGGAGCCAAGUGUCCAGUGAAGCUGCUGAGGCCCCGCCGCUCGCGCCGCCGCCAUGGUGAUGUCCCAGGGCACCUACACGUUCCUCACGUGCUUCGCGGGCUUCUGGCUCAUCUGGGGUCUCAUCGUCCUGCUCUGCUGCUUCUGCAGCUUCCUGCGCCGCCGCCUCAAACGGCGCCAGGAGGAGCGACUGCGGGAGCAGAACCUGCGCGCCCUAGAGCUGGAGCCGCUCGAGCUCGAGGGCAGUUUGGCCGGGAGUCCCCCGGGCCUGGCGCCGCCGCCGCCGCCGCACCGCAGCCGCCUGGAGGGCGCGGGGCACGGGCAUUCGCACGUGCACGUGCACCCGCUGCUGCACCACGGGCCCGCGCCGCCGCACGCGCAUCCGCACCCACACCAUCACGCACUGCCGCACCCACCGCCGCCGCACCUCUCCGUGCCGCCCCGGCCUUGGAGCUACCCGCGCCAAGCGGAAUCGGACAUGUCUAAGCCACCGUGUUACGAGGAGGCGGUGCUCAUGGCCGAGCCGCCGCCGCCCUACAGCGAGGUGCUCACGGACACUCGCGGCCUCUACCGCAAGAUCGUCACGCCCUUUCUGAGCCGCCGCGACAGUGCGGAGAAGCAGGAGCAGCCUCCGCCUAGCUACAAGCCUCUCUUCUUGGACCGGGGCUACACUUCGGCGCUGCAUCUGCCCAGCGCCCCUCGGCCCGCGGCCCCCUGCCCCGCCCUCUGCCUGCAGACCGACCGCAGCCGCCGGGUCUUCCCCAGCUGGACCGACUCGGAGCUCAGCAGUCGCGAGCCCCUGGAACACGGAGCUUGGCGCCUGCCGGUCUCCAUCCCUUUGUUCGGGAGGACUACAGCCGUAUAGAGGGGCGUCUGGCGUCCCGAGCCCCACCGGCGAACUCCUGACCUAACUGCGGGGCUUUUUAAAUGCUUCCCUUGGACGGCGGGGAGGGCUAGGGGGAGGGAGGGAUUUCUUACCCCGUUUGUUACAUUUUGAGGAUAAUAAAGGUGUGUGAUCUGCUUUGGUAAAA